UGCAGCUGUCUCAUCGUUUUCCUAUACAAUUACAAAGAAUUACGUCCAAGAGCCUGCAAACGGUACCGUGGAAUAUAACGGUUUAACCAAUGGAUCGCGAAAUCUCAUUGUGGGCCUAGGGAAUCACAUGGAACAUUAACGUUUGCAGAUAAAAAGAAUUUGUUAAAAUUAUUGGAAUGAAUUGGAAGCUUUGACCCAUCUCCAUCCACACUGAUCCAUCAUCGAGAUAUGGAAACAAAAACCUCGGUUUCACGUGUGCUGCACUCGGCUCCAAAGUACUCAAAGCAACAGGCUGCGAUUCUCAUUCAGUCUAUUUGGAGAGGCUUUCGCGUGCGUUCAAAGUUGCGAAAAGUGAACAAUGCGAUCAUAUUGCUACAGCGAGCGUACCGCGAGCGACGAACGCGCAAACUACACGUAGAACGUAACACACUAGUCGAGGCCGAGUUUCAACAUUCUAUCCGACUAACAAGGCACCGACGAUGGCGAGAGAAAUUGGAAGCAGAGAUGUCACUACUUUCCAGUCUCCCACCUACUCUUGUAGAGCGUGCCGAUCAUCAGAGGCGCAACGAAGCAGCUUGCAAAAUACAGGCUUUCUUCCGUGGUUACUUAGUGCGAGUGCGCUUAUCCGAGCAGCGAGAGAAAGCGCGACGAGACAAAGCAGCCAAAGUGCUCCAGCGAUACGUUCGUCAAUACUUGUCUUCCAAAGAAUAUUCGGAAUUUGAGAGACUCAGAGUGCCUCAAGCUAUUGAGGACGGGAUUGCGGAUAAAGGCUCAACUUUGUCGCUUGACGAAGUGAGGAAAGAUGAAACCAAUCGGGCCAAUUUGGCAAGAAUGAAAGUCGAUGCAGAGCUUUUAUUGUCGGAACCGGGCGAAGUGGACAUGACACUAGAGGCCAAGACAUCCGAGUCUAGAGCAAAACGUUUCACAGCUCCGAUGGCGUCAAGAACCAACACGACGUUAGCAAGGGCCGUGGACAGGCAUCGUUCUGGUCCUAGUGGCAAACCAGCACUGGAUGCUUUCGUGUGUCGUGCACAGCCGUUGGCGGCGCUGGCAAAGCAGGAGCACCGUGCUCGCAUGCUGAGUCUGAGCAAACCGUGGUGGAAGCUCACCGCUCACAAAUUACAGGAAGAUAAAUUGAAAUGGUUUCAAGCGACCGAACAACGGCAGAACGGAAUGGCGGGCGAUCAAGAAGAAGCAUCCACCACGUGGAGACGCUGGUUGCCCGAUCAUACUUUGAGUAAAUGCGACGAUGAGUAUCUGAUGAUGGAAGAAUGCUCUGAGCCUAUAUAUGGAUUUAUGGGUGCUUUGACUAGAGUCACUUGACACCGGGAGACGCCGCAUCAGCGUGAUUGAUGUAGCGUUGCUUGAUGGAGUUGAAGUUUGUGAAAUAAAAUGCACCGAGGCGAACAGUCUCAAACAAGAAUUAUUUGUAAAUUUAGCAUUAACUAUUUUGAUGAACGAAGAAUUUUGCAAAAUUAUAACAAGUGCCUAAAUGGUGCCCCG